GUGAUUUAAACCAAACACGCAACUGUGCGACAAACCUGGUAAAAAUGCGUGCACGGGAUUAUAUGUUCUAAAUGUCCGCGUGUGUUUUAGACGUAUUCAUCCCGGAAUUUAGGAGUUUGUGUUCCCGGACGUGCAGGUCAUAACAUAGUUUUUUUCCUCCUGAAUCAACAAUGGCCUUCAGCAAGGGAUAUCGCAUUUACCACAAGCUGGACCCGCCCCCCUACAGUGUCAUAGUGGAAACCAGGACCAGGGAAGAAUGUCUCAUGUUUGAAUCAGGGGCCGUCGCUGUUCUGUCGGCAGCAGAGAAAGAGGCCAUUAAAAGUUCAUACACCAAGAUAGUUGACGCCUAUGGAAUCCUGGGCGUCCUCCGCCUAAACUUGGGGGACUCCAUGCUCCACAGUCUGGUGGUGGUGACAGGAUGUAGCUCUGUGGGGAAGGUGCAGGACUCUGAGGUUUUCAGGGUCACACAGACAGACUUUAUUUCACUGAAGAAUGACCCAGGAGACGAGGACCGGAUCGCUGAGGUGCGAAAGGUCCUGAACUCUGGACACUUCUACUUUGCUUGGUCUUCCAGUGGAGUCAGUUUGGACCUGAGUCUCAAUGCACGUCGCAGAAUCCAAGAAGAUUCUACAGACAACCGAUUCUUUUGGAACCAGUCUCUUCACCUGCACCUGAAACAUUAUGGAGUAAACUGUGAGGACUGGCUGUUGAGGCUGAUGUGCGGCGGUGUGGAGAUCAGGACCAUCUAUGCAGGUCACAAACAGGCCAAGGCCUGCAUCUUCUCCCGCCUCAGCUCAGAGCGAGCUGGCACUCGAUUUAAUGUCCGAGGAACAAACGACGAUGGACAGGUCGCCAACUUUGUGGAGACUGAACAGGUUAUUUUCCUGGAUGAUAGAGUGUCCUCCUUCAUACAGAUCCGUGGGUCCAUUCCUCUUUUCUGGGAACAGCCAGGGAUCCAGAAAAAGUCCAUUAAGGGUGUUUUGUUGCAUCUGAAUGAGAAUCGGAACCUUAGUGGACCGGAUGAAAACCCCCACCUGGUCGGCUCUCAUCGUGUCAAACUCUCAAGGGGAUUUGAGGCUAAUGCACCAGCGUUCGAAAGACACUUCACUGCACUGCGGAGGUUGUACGGUAAGCAGGUGAUCCUCAACCUGCUUGGGAGUAAGGAAGGAGAACACAUGCUCAGUAAAGCGUUCCAGAGUCAUCUGAAGGCGUCGGAACAUGCGUCAGCAGUGAAGAUGGUGAACUUUGACUACCACCAAAAUGUGAAGGGAGGCAAAGCAGACAAACUUCACAGUGUCCUGAAACCCCACGUCAACAAGUUUGUGGAGGAGUGCGGGUUCUUCUAUUACUCUGGAGAGUCCGGCAUCACAAGGACUCAGGGUGGAACCCUCCGGACCAACUGCCUGGACUGUCUGGACAGAACCAACAGUGUACAAGCCUAUUUCGCCCUCGAGAUGCUGCCCAAGCAGCUGGAGGAAAUGAGUCUGACGGAGAAACCCCAGCUGGUGGCCCGGUUCCAGGAGGUUUUCAGGACCAUGUGGUCGGUCAAUGGAGAUUCCGUCAGUAAGAUCUAUGCAGGCACCGGGGCUCUGGACGGGAAGGCCAAGUCUGGGAAGCUGAAAGACGGAGCGCGCUCUGUGACGAGGACCAUCCAGAACAACUUCUUCGACAGCUCUAAGCAAGAGGCGAUCGACAUCCUGAGACUGGGCUCCACACUCAACAGUGAUUUGGCGGAUAAAGCUCGGGCCUUGCUCACCACUUCCAGUCUUUAUGCCUCCCCAAGGGUAUUGCUGGGAAUGUGUCAGAACUACCAGAAAUACACAAUGCCCAAGCAGAUCCGGGUGUGUGUUGGCACCUGGAAUGUGAACGGGGGUAAACAGUUUCGCAGCAUUGCUUUCCGCAACCAGACGCUCAACGACUGGCUGCUUGAUGCUCCAAAGAAGGCGGGGCAUCCUGAGUUCCAGGACAGCAAAGCCAACCCCAUCGAUAUAUUUGCCAUCGGUUUUGAGGAAAUGGUUGAACUGAAUGCCGGCAACAUCGUCAGUGCCAGCACCACGAACCAGAAGCUGUGGGCAGCUGAGCUCCAAAAAAACAUCUCACGUGACCACAAAUAUGUUCUGCUGGCUUCAGAGCAGCUGGUGGGAGUGUGUCUGUUUGUUUUCAUCCGCCCACAGCAUGCACCCUUCAUCAGGGAUGUGGCCGUAGACACUGUAAAAACAGGAAUGGGCGGAGCCACAGGCAAUAAAGGUGGUGUUGCCAUCCGCCUCCUGUUCCACACCACCAGCAUCUGCUUUGUCUGCUCCCACUUCGCUGCUGGCCAAUCACAGGUCAAGGAGAGGAAUGACGACUACAGUGAGAUCACGCGCAGACUCAGCUUCCCCAUGGGUCGUCUGCUGUACUCGCACGAUUACGUGUUCUGGUGUGGAGACUUUAACUAUCGCAUCAGCCUGCCCAACGAGGAAGUCAAGGAACUCAUCAAACAGCAGAACAUGGAGGCCUUGACAGCUGGAGACCAGUUGUUGGAUCAGAAGAAUGCUGGUUUGGUCUUCCGAGGUUUUAUCGAGGGAAAGUUAGAUUUUGCUCCCACCUACAAGUAUGACCUCUUCUCAGAAGAUUAUGACACUAGUGAGAAGUGCCGCACACCAGCCUGGACUGACCGUAUACUCUGGAAGAGGAGGAAGUGGAACUUUGACAAAACAGCUGAGGAGAUGAAUAUAGUUGGUGCAGCUUCUACAUCUGGGGAGAACGAGGAGGAUCCAGACAACCCUUGGUACCCCGGCACUCUGAAGUACUAUGGCAGGGCUGAGCUCAAGACCUCAGACCACAGGCCUGUGGUGGCAAUAAUGGACGUGGACAUCCUGGAGGUCGACCCAGAUGCUCGGCACCAGGUUUACAAAGAUGUCAUUGCCAAGCAGGGGCCUCCAGACGGAACCAUCCUGGUGUCACUCUGCACCUCCGGCCCUGACGACUACUUUGACGAUGCGCUCAUAGACGAGCUGCUGGACAAGUUUGCUCAGUUUGGAGAGGUCAUCCUCAUCAGGUUUGUUGAGGAGAAGAUGUGGCUGACUUUCCUGGAAGGUUACUCUGCUCUCGCUGCUCUUUCUCUCUGUGCUUCCACUGUCCUUGGCAAAGUGAUUGAUAUCCGCCUGAAGAGUCCAGGCUGGAUCAAGAGUCUGGAGGAGGAGAUGAGCGUGGACAGGAUCUGUGGAAGUAUCCCCACCUCAGCUAGCUCCACUCUGCUGGCUGAGGACACGGACAUGGGCGACGAUGAUUACGAUAUGGAGGGGGAUGUGGACGAGGAGGUGGAGGAGAUCCUUCCCCAGCACCUGCAGCCUGGAGCCGGCGCCGGCCCUGGGUCCUCGCCUCAGCCCUCCCCCCGCAGCAGCCCCUGUCCCUCCCCGACCCAAGGAGAACCAUCGACCCCCAGCAGACCCAGUCGUUCACAGCAACCCUCCCGACCAUCGCAAGGGCCUCCUGUUGACUUCCAGCCCGGUGCCCCCACAUCUCUCUGCCUGGAGCCCAAGCGUGCCCCUCCCCCUCGUCCUAACGCACCUCCGGCCAGACCAGCACCCCCUCAACGUCCACCUCCACCUUCAGCUCGAGGAGCAGCAGGAGCUCCUGCGCCUGGAGGUUUCCCCAGACCGAAUAUCCCUCCUCGAGCCGGGGUGAUCAGUAUUCCCCCACAGUCUCGCCCACCACAACCUUCUCACCCAGGAGCACCGAGACCGAUACCAGAAAUGCAUCCAGGGGCCCCCCGACCCAUCCCGGACACCCAUCCUGGAGCCCCUCGACCUGUGACCGGUGCCCUGGAGAAACCCACUGACCUGCCUUUGGGCCCUCCACUCUCAGGACCACCUGCUGCAGUGAGACCCCAGGCUCCAUCACAAAUGUCGCCCCAACUUCCUGCCCCCUCAGUUCCGGCCCCACCACGGAUCCAGCCCACACUUCAAGCUCCACUCCUGCCGCAGCAGGCUUCAGCUCCCAAAGGAGGAUUUCCUCCUGCCGCUGGAGCUGCCACCGCCCCUGCUGGGCCUCCGCAGGGUCUAGCCUCUCCCAAACCCCCCCCACGUUCCCGCUCCUCUCACGGACUGCCCCAUGAGGACGCCAAGCCUGAGACGGCCCCAGCUGCACAGACCAAUGGACUGAAUGGACUCCAAAACGAAGCACAAUGGAAGCCUGACCCCUUCGACACUCUCCUCUCCUCCUCUUCCUCCUCGUCCUCCUCCUCCUCCUGGCACACCACCCAGUCCCUGACCAGAGGCUCCUCUCUGCGAGCUCCCCCCUCUGUUCCUCCAUCUACAUUCUCCUCCAGCACUCUCCCCUCAUCCUUCUCCCUGCAGCCCUCUGCUCUGUCAGACCUGCGAGCGCUCGACUCAUCCUCCUCUUCCUCGUGCUCCACCCCAUCGCCACUCGCCUCCACCUUGCUCCCGCCUCCUCCGGUCCCGUCUCGCAGUCGCUCGCAGGAAACGCUGUGUGCCCCCCCCGGCCCCUUCCCGACUGAGUCGCUUCCUGCCCGACCCAACAGCACCAAUCCCUUCACAGGUCCGCUCUCACAGCACCAUCGCUCGCUCACCCCGGACUUCAGCGUCCAGCUUCCAGGCCCGGCAUCAAACCCUCAGAGGCCCGUGCCUGCUCUCACUCAGCCUCUCAUUCCCACCCGUGGUCCAGCAAUGGUCCCUGCGGCUGCACCCGCCGCCCAGCUCCAGAGGACAAUGUCCCUUUUUGCACCUUCAUCCAUGCUCUGUCCUUCACCGGCUCCUCUGGCUCCCUUCACCUCCGACCCAUCCCCUGCUCCUGCCUUGCCUCUGGCACCACCCUCCUCCAUCCCACCCACCGCUGCACCUCGUGUCCAACUUCCUCCACCGGGAGGCAAACCCACCAAGCAGUGGGUCACGUUCGACGAUGAUUUAAAUUUCUCAACCACGACAAAAACACCACACAUCCCCGUCGUCCCUUUCAAUUCCCUUCCGCCCCAAACUCAGACUCCUCGCUCCGUGUUCGACUCGGAGCCCGACUGGUUAUACACGGCCCCUUCAGCGUUCCCCACCCUCCCCCCUCCUAUCUCCACCAGAACUGCCACUGCUAAGCCCAAACUCCCAGAGGGUCCCAGUGACAGCUGCUUCUUCCCCGGGGAGUCGACAGAAAGAUAGGAUCACCCUUAAUAUGUAAAGGGCAUGUCCAGAUAUGUAUAGACCAAUGACAAAAUGUGUAUAUGUUUGUGUGUAUGUACAAAAGAGACAGUAUUUAAGUAGUACAGACCAUUCCCCUUCUUAAACACAGGAAAGGGUUUAUAUCUCGAGCAGAAUAAUGAGAUGCGUGUUCCAACCUUACCAAACAGAUAUUAGCUUGUUCCCUAAUAGUAACGUUUAUUUUAAUAUAAAUCGUUCUGAUGUUUAUUUUUAUCCAUGGAAGCAGACGUGCCUGUGUCUACAGUAUACAGUUAAACAAAGUAUAUCUAUGCGCACAAAUCAUUUGUGUAAGCACCUGUGCAAUAUCAAGACACGUCGCUGGCCGUAAAGCACGCCGCCUCCACCUGAAUCAAUGUUGCCUCCAUAUUUACGAACACGCUGCGGUUUACAUCCCUCAGUUCUGACCGAUCUGUGCAUCAGAGGAGAUGAUCAUCUUCUACUUUCUCAAUUUUGUCCAGGUUAAAAGUCACAUUGUGUGCUAGCUUUUUUCAUGAAUGUACUUUGUGUUGCACUGGGUUCGGUCACUGCCUCCUCGCUGGCGCCACAGCGGCUGCGUGACUCUGGGUCAAAGUGAAACUGACGCUCGUCCACCUGAUGGCAGGACACCUUCUCUCUCCACUCAGUCAUCACUCUGUCUAUAGGCCGUUCCGCUUAGCUGAAUAUAUUUUGUAGCUCUAUAUCAAAAAAACCUAUACAUAGUGGUUAUGUAUAUAUUAACGUUUUCAAUAUGGAAACCCUUGGCUAAUUGUGCGUGUGUGUUUUUGUGAUAACCGUAUCAGUGGUUUGCACAAUGUAACUGAUAUGCACUGAUAUGCUGUACGACAACGACAAAGACGACAACCUGAACCGACGAGAGGGAUUUCUUCCUCAUUUCCACUUCCUCCUUGAUUUAUCCAAAGCAUCGAACCGUGCUGGUGUAGAUUCAGAGACUGGGGCUCGUGUGUCUGUGCGCGUGUGGGUGUGUUUGCUUCCUAUGAAGAUUGGAGUCUGUGAGCGUGACGUGAAACGCGUCGUGUGUAAUAACAAGAGGGCACAUUUACCAAGCUUUUACUUUCCGAAAACAUUUACUCUAAAUACUCUAUUGUUGAUACUGUGGUGAGAAGUGACGUGUCGUGUUUGAGGUGCAUAUCGUCCGUUUAUGUGUUUGACAGUGUUUAUGUUUGGAUGUAAGUGUGUGUACAGGGUUAACUGUGGAACACCAGAGCUUUCCCCCCUCAGAGGUCUUCUCUUAUAUAAGAACAUAUUUGCUUAUAGGUUCAGAACUCGCAGCCUCUGUAUUAACUCACUCGUGGCUCUAAUCGUAUUCCUGCUCUCCAGUCUGCUCACUACAAACACCACUGUAUGCGAAAUAGCAAACAAUCCAAGACAAAGGACCUCAUUCCCCUUUCAGAGCACCCGCCACCUGAGUGACAAUUCCAGCGCCACUGGAAGACUAUAAGUUCACUGCGAAUACAGACUCUUAAAAACUACACUGUACGGUCGGACCUUGAAUGCAUCACCAGAGAACAUUGUCCAGUCGGCUGUUUGUUGUGUUGCUCCCAGGUCGCCGUGCGGCACACAUUCCAGUGUGAUCCCAGUGUUGGGUGUCAAAUUCUUCCACAUGUGAUAUCUAACCCGUAGCUGUUUCCCUCUGGUUCGAGAGCCUCGCUGGUUCCUUAAUAAUUCUUAAGGUGUGCGUGUGUGCGUGUGUCUGUGCGUGUGUGUGUUGUUGUCAAAGGUGACGUGUCAGUAACUCUUUGUUCACCUAAUUCACUCGGUUGACAACGACGACAAGCAAUAGUUUAGCAGAAAGGGAUCAGUGAGCGCCCGGUCCUCCCUAACACGACACACAGCAGCUGAUGGAGACCGAUCACAUGGGUCUUCCCUUCUCAAAUCUCCAGAAACUAUUUAAUUAAAAGCAUUUCAAUGGUUCACGGAGGAUAGAACUUGCGAACCAGGAAAGCACCAGCUGAACAAUGCUUAUCGCGCUCUAUCUAAACACAUGAUUAUGAGUAAAACCUAUAUCUGCAUUAACAGUAGAUGACUAGCCAGUGCUUUUGUGUCACGUCAUGUUCCCGAGAGGAAGUUUUAUAGGAAACAAUUUGCUCCUUUUUGUGAGGUCGGUGUUCCUUUUUAUGGCUAUAACCCCCCUAGUGUAUAAGAGUCUGUGUUGUUGAACAUAUUCUGUGCGUAUUCAAGAGAAACCAUGACGCUGCGACUCGUGUCAAUAUCCCGACGUUCCAUAUUUUAAGUGCACAGCUGAUUGCACAAUUAUGUAUGAAGCAGUUUAUGUUGUAUGUAUGCAAAAAUAAAUGUUCGUUGACCUGA